CAAAGCCCGACCACGUCCUCGCACUGCACUGCACUGCAACCAUCCGACGGCCAACGCAGACGAGGCUCUGGUCUGUCCAAGCCAACUGCGGCAUGCGCCAUCGAUGAUGGGACGCUGAGAACAACAUCAUGUCCGUCAUUCUGUGCACCGCCGGCUAUGACCAUACCAUCCGAUUCUGGGAGGCGCUCUCGGGCAUCUGCUCGCGCACCAUCCAGCACCCGGACUCUCAGGUGAACCGGCUCUGCAUCUCGCCCGACAAGCGCUACCUCGCCGCGGCCGGCCACCACACGGUCAAGCUGUUCGACAUCAAGUCGACCAACCCGAACCCGCUCAUCGUCUUCGAGGGCCACACGGGCAACAUCACGGGCGUCGCCUUCCACUGCGAGGGCAAGUGGAUGGUGACGAGCUCCGAGGACGGCACCGUCAAGAUCUGGGAGACGCGCUCCGGCUCCAUCCAGCGCAGCUACAGCCACGGCUGCCCCGCAAACGACGUCGUCAUCCACCCCAACCAGGGCGAGAUCAUCAGCUGCGACCGCUCCGGCAGCGUCCGCGUGUGGGACCUGGCCGAGAACAACUGCUCGCACGAGCUGAUCCCCGAGGAGGAUGUCUCUGUCUCUAGUGUGACGGUGGCCAGCGAUGGCUCGCUGCUUUGCGCUGCCAAUAACAAUGGCAACGUCUUCGUCUGGCAGCUCGUGCAGAACUUUGAGCGCACGCAGCUCCUGCCCGUGACGCACUUCUCGGCGCACAAGGAGUACAUCACGCGCAUCCUCCUGUCGCCCGACGUCAAGAAGCUGGCGACGUGCAGCGCCGACCACACCACCAAGAUCUGGGAGGUGGACGUCGAGCCCUCGCGCGCCUCGGGCGAGCCCCAGCCCUUUGAGCUCGAGGCCACGCUGACCAACCACCAGCGGUGGGUCUGGGAUUGCGCCUUCAGCGCCGACUCGGCCUACCUCGUCACCGCCUGCUCCGACCACUACGCCCGUCUCUGGGAGCUGCACAGCCAGACCAUCAUCCGCACCUACAACGGCCACCACCGCGGCGCCGUCUGCGUCGCCCUCAACGACUACUCCGAGGCGAGGUAGUUGGCGAACACCUCUCUUUCCCCGCUUCCCUUUUCUAUAUCCUCGUCCAAGGGCGGCCGCCCAAGGUGUGCUGUCAACAAAGAUGCAGUGGCGCUUGGGAGAAAGUGACGCCCUGGCCAGGAGCAUCAUAUGAGAAGACAUGACGGGGGCUGAGGAUAUCUUGUUGAAAUUGCGACUUGUUGGUCCACCGAGGCGGGCGUUAGGUUUGAUCUUGGGAAUCAUGGGCGUUUGGUUGGAGCCCAGCUGUUGCGCCGUUUGUUAUAUCUCUGUAUCGCUGACGAUUUCUUUGCUCUCGAAUUGACCUUGAGAUUUGUUUCUAUUUCCCAACAUCUUGUCCCCCUGGUUUGAGCCCAAAGCCCGAAAAAAACGGUGCCCCCAGCUCCAUAUUACUGACUAG